GCUGGGUUAUUUCACUUUGGUGGCAUCGAGUGCACGGCCCAUUGCCGAGAACAAACUUUGUCGCGAACGUCUCGUGGCUGUUUCGCCUCGGAUUUCCAUCGGAUGGAAACGACUCGACGAGGAGAGAAUCUUUGAGAACGGAAUUUGUCGCCAAUUUCUCAGCAUGCAAGACACGGUAUGCAAGAAGCAUUUGGAGGAUGCGCCGAUAUUAAACGACCAUUGCAGCGUGAAUUUAACUUCCAAAUCACCCGAUAAUUCGACGGAGCACGGAAUAUCGAAAGUAGGAUGGAAAAACAAUAAAUAUUACAGGGCAAUACAGACGAUCCAAAGCCUGCUCAUCGUAUUGGUCUUGUGUUUUGCCGCGUUUUUGAUAUAUUCGAGCACGUCAGAUCGCACAUUCCUCACCCUGGACGAAGCCAAUCAACAUCUUCAAACCAACAACGAGUCCACAGAGCCUCAAGAGACGGAGAGGAAUUUUCGUGAUCGAAAUCGACAAUUCUACAACGAGGAAUACAAUCGUCUCAGCCCCUCAGAACUGAGAACGAUAUUACUGUCCACGAUGGACCUGGAUCGUCGAAAGCGGCGACAUCUGGACGCGAAUCUCUGUAAACAGAACAUGGAGCAUUGCAAGAUCGUGAUGGAUUCCAUGAUGAAGAUCGUCAACACUGUGAACAACAGUAUGCCGCAUCUUCUCGAGUUUCUCAAGAAUUUCCCCACGGAUAAGGAUGCCCCGAAAUCGAAACUCGUCGAGUUGGUCGAGUGUCUGCAAUGCAAGAACGACUCGAUCACGUUCAUAGACGAGACAGGACCCGACAAUCUGAUGAACGAAGCGCGCACGAUACACGAGAACCGCGAUCAGAUCAAGAGCAACGUGGAUACCGUUUGCAAUUUGUUGGACGAGCCGAAUUCGAAUCUCGUGGACGUCUCGAAAUCUGGAAGAGAGGGUGCGAAAAAAUUGGCGAAAUGGACUUUUGUCGACAGCUCUGACAGCGGUGACAGGAAAGAGGACUUGGACGAGAUGGAGACUACUUCAUCGUGGACGAGCGGCACAAUGAAAUAUGAAUCGAAGAACGCGUGGACGGAAGCGGAAAGUGCAGAAACGACGUCGAUGGCGGAAGAAACGAUCGCGAUCGAUGACACGAAAGGGAUCGCGAUUAAUGCGAACGUGACGGCCAAACCAGACGAUGGGAACGUGACGGAAAUCACGAUCGAGCAGCUGCAUCCUUCGGUGCAACCUUCGAUUCAAGGCCACGGCCAGGGGAACGAAACGGAAAGGGAAGGACUCGAAGGAUCGAGCCCCCAGAUGAAAAUGCGCGGUCCCCAAAGCAGAAUCGUGACGAAAGAGAACGCGGCAUCAAUACCGGGCAUGAUCCCUACAGCGGAAACGAUGAAAUCCUCCCAGCAGCUGGUACUCACACCGACCAUAUCCUGGAUACCGUAUCAGAUAUGCUUCUUUGGAAUGAGCAAUCCGACGAAACAAUCGGGUGGCGCGGCGCAACAAACGAUGUACGGGGCUUCCUCGCCCGCGGAGAUUGGAUAUCCGAUUUGGCAACAUCGGCAAGGCUACCAGAACACGAAUCACGCGCCGAAUUACGUGCAAGUGCAGGCGCAAUCCGUGCAAUUCUUCCCUGGAAAUUAUGGGCAAAACGGCGGACAAAAGAUUGGGCCAACAGGCCCCGCGAUCCCGAAUUUUCCUAUAUUCCCCAGACAGCAGAGCUUACCAGGAGGAAAUGCGAAUUCUAAAAUCCCUUAUUAUUGCACCUUCAUCCCCACAUUCCAGUUCCCCACUGUUCCUGGAAUGAACGAGUAUCAGAGGUCGUCCGUUAAUUUUAAGAAGGAGGAUGAUUCGGAUAAGGAGGAUGAAAAUCCUGGAUCGUGUCCGUUUAAUAUGAUUCGAUGCAACGACGAGAAACGAUGCAUAUAUAGAACGCAGUGGUGCGACGGAUUGGUGGAUUGUUACGACGCGAGUGAUGAGACCACGUGCUCUUGCAGAGAUCGAAUUUCGCAAGAACGAAUUUGCGAUGGUUACUUCGAUUGCCCGCAAGGAGAGGACGAAUUGGGAUGUUUGGGUUGUCCAAAGACUUCGUUCAGUUGCAACGAUUGGCAAAGACGGUACAGUAACGACAAUUGCGUCCCACUUUACCAAAGAUGCGACGGAGUGAAGAAUUGUGCCAAUGGAAAAGAUGAAAUGGAAUGCAAUAUUCUCACCCCUUCGUUCGUCGAGGGUGAAAAUGUAUUCACGAUUGGCUACAUCGAAGGAUACCUUCACAAGAACUUCAAGGGCCAAUGGUAUCCCGUGUGUACAGUGGUGAAAUCGUGGAUCAAGGAUGCCUGCAUAUCCGAAAUUGGCCACGACAUUAGCGGAUAUCCAGAGGUAAACAUCCAUUCGAUGCCGCCCAAUGCGUAUCAGGGCCCUUACAUAGCCGAGGUGAACGGCCGGAUAAAAUUGGUUCCCUCGUGCAUGGACACCGCUGUUUUCGUCCGUUGUCCGCGUUUCCCUUGCGGGACGAGCGCGUUUUCCCACGAGGAUUCCCUGGAACCGCAUGUGUUGGAGAAGGAGGAGCGGGACACGUUCCAGAUAUUCGACGAGCUCGUGCACAAGAAUCGGAUGAAUUUCGAUGAAAACGGGGAUAAGGAUGACAUGGUGGGCUCGCAAUUGCGCGUUGUAGGCGGCAGGGCGAGCCAGCCGAAAGCGUGGCCAUUCUUGGUCGCCAUUUACAAGAACGGUAUCUUUUGCUGCGGCGGUGUUAUCCUGAACGAAAUGUGGAUCCUGACCGCUGCUCACUGCCUCGAAGGUUACACGGGCCACUAUUUCGAGAUCCAGGCAGGAAUACUUCGUAGGCAUUCUUUCUCGCCUAUGUCGCAGAUAAGGAGAGCGGGGUACACGGUGAUGCAUCCACGAUACAACGGGAAAGACAUGAAGAACGAUAUCGGUAUGAUCAAGCUUGACGAUCCUCUGCACUUCAAUCGAUGGAUCCGACAAGUUUGCCUUCCUGGUAAGGACAUCUUGGGCCCUAUGUGGAGAAACAAGCCGGAACCCAAUUCCACUUGUAUAGCGAUUGGCUGGGGAGCUUUGAGGGAGUACGGACCUGAUCCCGACCACCUGAGAGAAGUAGAAGUGCCUAUAUUAAAGAAUUGCAAAUACGAGGUUGAUCAGAACGAGGCCGCCAUUUGCGCUGGAUAUCCUCAAGGUGGCCGUGAUGCUUGUCAAGGGGACAGUGGUGGUCCCUUGUUGUGCAGAAAUCCGUACUCGGAAUCGCAGUGGUACGUGGCAGGUAUAAUUAGCCACGGCGAAGGAUGCGCUCGACCGAACGAACCGGGCGCCUACACGAGAGUCAGCUAUUUCCUGGAUUGGAUUCAGGAAGAAAUUUCCAAUGAUCAAGGAAUCUUUCCCUUGAGACGAACUCCCUUGAAAAAAUGUCCAGGCUUCAGUUGCGAGGGUGGUUUGGGCAAAUGUUUGCCGGUGGAGGCCCGUUGCAAUCGAGUGAUCGAUUGUUUGGACGGGGAAGACGAGCUCAAUUGCCACCAUUAUCCAAUUUACAGGCAAUUAGGCAACGCUAGUUUUGAAACUGUUCCAUCUUCCACGAUGGAAAGCCCAGACGAUCCCACGAAACCUGAUGAAAUCUCCACAUCUGCCUCUCCAUUAUUCGAUGACACGAGCUACAAACCUUCGGAUAGAUCCGAAGGUCGAGCGAACAACGAGUUGGGAUUGGAAGGCACGACUUGGACCACUUCUAAGAGAUUCGACGACGAUCCCAACGCGACUUCCACAACUUCUAGUUCUAGUUAUAUCGAAAAUGCCUCCUCGAUAACGUCGACGCGCUUUCCUACUAUAUUCACUUGUUCAAGGUUGCUUCAAAGUGUCUCGAUCGAGAAAAGAUGCGACAGAGUAGUGGAUUGCGAGGACAGUACGGACGAGUUGAAUUGCACCUGCAAAGAUUAUUUGCAGAACCUAAGACCGACCGCCAUCUGCGACGGUUACGCGGAUUGCGAUGAUCUGACGGAUGAACGAGACUGUGAGAUUUGCGGUAAAAACGAAUUUCUCUGCUCUACGAGCAAAACUUGCGUUUCGAUGUCGAAGAAAUGCGAUGGGAAAUUCGAUUGCGAGUUUAAAGAGGACGAGCUCGAUUGCUUCGCGUUCACCGAUGGUCAUCGCGUGUACUUGGACGCCAAUGGACGGCCAUUCUUGAACAAAGAGGGAAUAUUGGCCAGAUACGUUAAACAGAGAUGGCAACCAGUUUGCCAUCGUCCCAAGAUCCAUAAGAAUCAAUCGACGGCCAAUCUUAUUGGACAAAAUAUGUGCGAGUACUUUGGUUUCGCAAACUUUGAAUCGUCGGAAUCCAUCACCGUGAAGAAUUCUAAGCUCGAAACGAUAGCUUGGCGGAACUUUACGUUUCACCAACAGACCUCCCCAACGACCUCUCUGAACCAAGGAGGAGACUUGGAAACCUGUUUGGGACUUUAUAUUCGUUGUGCGUCGACUCUGGACGGUAGCGCGCACGCGUAUUUAACCAGCGAUUCGAGCACCGGAAGGCGAGAGCACCUGUGGCCCUGGCUGGCCGCCAUCUUUGUCGACGGACGCUUCCGCUGCGAGGCGCUGCUGUUGGACUCGAACUGGUUACUGUCCGCCACGAAAUGUCUGGAGAACGUCAGAUUGGACUCAAAUUAUACGACGGCCGUGCUCGGCCACGGUUCGUUAUUCCGUCACAUAGACGGCCCUCAUCAACGGAUAUCGAUCAUCGAUGAACUCCAUCCCGUGAAUAACUCUGUCUCCAUUCUAUUGCACUUGAAGAAUCGAGCUCACUUCGGCCGUUAUGUGCAACCGUUGUUCCAGGAUAAGACAAUUUAUCUACCAGGGACGAACGAUACUUGCGUGGCUGUCGGGGUCAACGGAAAUUACGAGACUGGAUCGGUCUUUUUGAAACCUGUUCUAGAAAAUUGCCCAAAUUGUCAACGAUGCUUCGUUAAUCGUUCGAAUUCCGAAUGUUGGAGAAACGAAACAAAUUGGAGUGGAACGAUAUUCUGUCGUGGAAGAAAGGGAUGGUACCCCGCAGCCGUCUUCGAAGACAACCAAGAUUGUAAUUUCACGGAUUCACAAAGGGUGACAAGUAUCGAGUACAUAAAUCCCUACCUGAUGGAGGCAAUGGACGGGUCGAGAAAAUCGGUCGAAUCGACGUGUGACGGUUUUCGAUGCAGCAUUGGCAAUUGCAUCCCCCUGAAUCGCGUUUGCGACGGCGUUCCUGAUUGUCGGGACCAGGGCGACGAGGAACCGGAAUAUUGCGCAAGGUUCCAGGAAAAUUGCGAGAACGCCGUGGAGGGUUGCAAUUGCACGAGGAUGGAACUUCGAUGCAGGAAUGGGAAAUGCGUGGACCGAAGCGCGUUUUGCGAUCGAAGGAACGAUUGUUUCGACGGGUCUGACGAGCCUGAGCUGUGCACCUGCUCGGAAUACUUGAAACUUACAUCUCCGGAACGAGUGUGCGACGGUGUCCGCCAUUGCGUUGACAAAAGCGACGAGUCGCCGGAUGCGUGCCCCUGCAGAGAUUCGAGUUUCAGAUGUAAAACAACGAACGGAAGAGAUAUUUGCGUGCCGCAAGAUUUCGUUUGCGACGGGGCGAAGGAUUGUUCGGGUGGCGAAGACGAAGCGUUAUGCAGAAUGUUGAAGCCAUUCUCGAACGACAGCGAUAGUUCGGGAGAAAUGAUUCGUCGAAGUUACGGUGUCUGGCACACGGAAUGUUUCUCGAGCCCCGUUUCGCCCGAAUUAGCAUCGGAUCUGUGCAAAUCGAUGGGAUAUUCUUCAGGGGACGUUAUUAAUGGUGCUGCAGCCACGGACCAACCCACGAUCCUCAAGUUGGACAAUUUUUACAUAACAAAGAUAAAUGAUUGGAUAUGGUUGUCCCUGAUAAGGGGCGACAAGCCGUUGGUAACAUUGGAAAAAUCGAACGAGACCUGCCAUCGCGCGUUUUUAAAUUGCGAAAAUUAAUUCACUUUCAUAACAAUUCGAAACAAUUUUUAUAAAAUAAUUUUGUACGAUCUCGUAUUAUUUAUUACUUUUAUUUAUUGCGUGCCAUUUAUCGUACUGUUAUUUAUUGCAGAAAUUAAAAUAAUAUUAAAUAUAGAAUAAAGAAUAAAGAAUAUUCGAAUCGAAGGAGAA